CUUCGGCAAUGGCAGCAAGGGCAUUUGCUUAGGCACACUGUGCGUCAUGAUGCAGGUCUUGCCGAGUCAUAUGUAUGCUUCUGUGGCCGGCCUCUUUAUGAUGUUGGAUGCCUUUUCCGGGAUUACGUUUGGAUUGGGCUACCGUGUUUGGAAAUCGACGUUCGGAGGAGAAGUCAUUGGAUACUACAUUUUGAUUUAUGGUGUUGCAUCUACUACUAGAUGAAUGUACUAAAAUGAAGAUAAUCAACAUUAUGGUUGAUAUGUAUGUUGUAGUUGUAGACUUAUUUUUGUGCUCCGCCGAGCUACGUUCACUCUUCUAUACAUCUAGAAACUUUCGCCAGAAAAAAAACUGGUAGACGUUGAACGCAAAGUAAUUCGUUGUAACACAUCAUCUUAUCAUGACAUGACUGGCGCUAACCAACUUGAAGAUUUUCUUCCCUCAAUCAUGAGCACUGUGUAGACGUUGAUCGCAAAAUGGUUGCUACUCUGUCUUAUCAGAAACUCCUUGUGGUGAGUGGAUUCCCUUUAAUUCAACCCCCUUAAUGUUAAUUGCUACAUCUUCUUCGUUGUAAGUGUAACACAUCUUAAAGUAGACAUCAUCUUCGUAUACUGUGGUAAUUCUAGAGCUAAUACUUGUGCAAACGCCCAACUCUUCGGACGGGCUGUCGUUGUGACAAAAACUCUGUGUCUAAGUUUCGGGCGUCCUCCUAGGUUGUUUGGGUCUUGCUGGCGGUGCGAGCUUCUGGAUCAUCUGCACCAGAAAGCAUUGCGCUUCCCGUCCUCGUACAGGAUCCAGAAGCUCGCACCGCCAGCAAGACCCAAACAACCUAGGAGGAUCUAGAAUUACCACAGUAUUGUUUUUACCAAAACGUAGUAUACAACUCUGUCUAAGUUUCGGGCGUCCUCCUAGGUUGUUUGGGUCUUGCUGGCGGUGCGAGCUUCUGGAUCCUGUACGAGGACGGGAAGCGCAAUGCUGAUGCCUCUAAGCCUCCUCUCAAGAACAGCGAGAACAAGGACGAGGAAAAGGCGCCUUUGUUAAAGUUGGUGGUAGCGGAAGAUGAUCUUAGCGACGAAACGUCGCCUGAUGAGAAGAAUAAAACCGUCGAGAAGAUGAAGGCAAAAGAGGAUAAAAAGAAAUACUUCGAUUAUGGCCAAUGUGAUAGAAGAAGGUGUUCGUCGGAUUGAGUGACUUUGUCUCUGUUCAAGUUCAAGAGGAUUGAUAUACUUAGUAAUUCUAGAACGGAGGACGAAGGAAGGAGCAUCGGCAGUGGUGUCACUACUCUGAAGCACUCAGUAAGCAUCAAUCUCUAAUGCAUUGCCGAAGCAAGCAAGAAAGGCUCGUCUUCUCCCGCCAGUGCAGAAGAGGAAGAUCUUUUCCCCAAGGACGCGAUGUUUUUAGGCGUCACAUGCCUUUGCUUCGUGAUGUUUUUCGGCACUUGCUGGGGCAUGGUUUACAACAAGAAUUAAGGCACUGGUAGUUGGGGAUCUCAAUUAUAUGCAAGUUGUACUAUGAUUGUCGUUUUAUCUCCUAAGUUGGUUGACUUCACAUCUACGUGGUAAGUCACUUGUUGAUGUGAGGUUGUGACCAAGGACAUGCUUAGGCACAUCUAUCAUGUAAUCCCUCAUUCUUCUAAGCAAAAGUGAAGGUGGAUAUGUUUGAAGCAUCGAAGCGUGCGAGUCAUGGUCUUAUUACACGAAAUACGCUGAAGGAAAUUCUGUCGGACACACAGCCACGAAGUCUUGAGGAAGUACAGCAAGGUUCGGAUGUAUGGCACGGGAAAAUGUGGGGUCUAUUUGAGUACUCGAAGUUCAAGCGUUGUUUAAUGAAUGUUUUGCUUACAUUUAAUGAUUGCAGCUGAGACAAAAAGAAUAGAAAUUUCAACACUUCAGUCGUUUUGCCAGUACUAACUCUUAUACAACAUCAAAAAUCUUUUUCCCUUCAAAAUCUCAAAUCCUCAAAUCACUACUUUCCCUCGUCCCCUUUCAUCCUCUUCCGACCCGAUCCUGUUUUCUUUGUUGCGCGGACCGACUUAUCAGGUUGGUGAGAAUUACCGCAUGCAUGC